ACUCAUCUCUUUCCCCAACAGGUAGUCCAAUAAAAGAUACUGCCUCACCUAUAUUAGUUGCGCUAAUAUCCUGGGGCCAACCCAGUUACAACACUGCAAAAUACAUAAGUGUCAACCAAGGCUAAUGAAGCCAAAACAUCCGUGGAAAGUAGCAGGACAGAGACCAGUGAAGCUUAUCCCUGAGAUUGACUACCAAUUUCUCUCUGUUGGUCAGAAGCAAGUGUGAAAUGGCUGUCUCCCUGGUUACUUCCUCCAUUUUCUGGAACAAAACAUUGGGCUCUUGCAUCUAGCAGGCAAAGGUGCCUGAGGAGGUGAGCCAUGGUGGGCAGGAGAACCAGACAUCCCCAAGAAGUAAUCAGCAAGCACCAGGCAAACCUGUCCCACCUAGAUGCUGUGCCCCAAAGGAUCAGCCCAUUCAGAGAGUGUGACAUCAGCCUGGAGGUGUUCAGCAAAUCCACCCCCGAACUCAAACAGAGCCGCAAGCUGGCACAGCAAGUGUGGGACAGGAGAGCCCACAAAGCUGACCUUAGAGACUCCAAUGGGAGGGAGGCAGAAACAAUUACUUUUAUUUCUGGCACAGCAGAUGCUCCCCAGCCCCAGAGCUUGUGCUGUGUGUCUUUGUCUCACGCCUGGAAUGCCUCCAAGGCUGUCCUGUGCUGUAUAGUGACCUGUGGGGGCUGCUUUAAGAACUGCAGCGUUCAUCUCCCCUGCCUGGGGCACACUGAGACUGUGACUGACGAGGGAAGAAACAGGGAGCAAAAUGGACGUGUGCCAAACAGCAGCCCUGCCAACAUCUCCCCCAUUGAAAAGAAUGGGAGCCAGAUCAAAAAGAGCACAAUAGGGAGCAGCUUCAGCUACCCAGAUGUAAAAUUGAAGGGGAUCCCUGUCUAUCCGAACCGGAGCCCUGGCAUCCCCACAGAUGCAGAUUCAUGCUACAAAGAGCCCCUGCCAGAGAAGCACAGGAACAGCAUAGAAAAGCCACCUCUGUCCAGCAGCCACCGGAGCUCGGAGGAGUAUUAUUCCUUCCACGAGUCUGAUCUGGACCCCAGUGAGCUCAGCAGCUCUAUGUCCAGCAGAGAGAUCGAUGUCUUGAUCUUCAAGAAGCUGACAGAACUCUUCAGCGUCCACCAGAUUGACGAGCUGGCCAAGUGCACAUCGGACACGGUCUUCCUGGAGAAGACCAACAAGAUCUCAGACCUGAUCAACAGCAUCACGCAGGACUACAACCUGGACGAGCAGGAUGCCGAGUGCAGGCUAGUCCGAGGCAUUAUCCGCAUCAGCACCCGGAAGAGCAGGGUCCGGCCCCACAUUUCCAUCCCAGCCACCAAGAGCCAUGAGGAGAAGGCGAGCAGAGGAAACCCACCAGACAGUGGUAAUGAAACCAUGCUGGAGUCCCUAAUCCCCAGCCAAGACGAGUUGGAUGUGCAGAUAUCGGAGGAAACCACGGCCGAUAUGAUAGCCAGGAAUAUGAGGCGGUCCAGUGCUGCAGGAUCUCCGCUGAGCAGAGCUUCCUCCUACCAGGACACAGAGACCGAUUCUUCUGGAGCACCACUGCUGCAGGUUUACUGUUAGGAUAAUGGACCAAAGCAGUGUUCUGUGGGGGAAGAGGUUGCAAACAGAGUUCCUCAUCUUUUAAAGUAAAAUGUGCUAGGCCACUUUAUUUUCAGCUCCCCCCCCCCACCUUUGUUCAAGUUCAACUUGCCCCUCAACAGGUGGGGUGCAUUGGAUUUUUUUUUCUUGUUGAGAGACCAUAACAGAAACUUGAGGAAAUGGACCAUGAAUCUAGUGAACUUACUCCUAAUGCAAGUUCUGGGACCAGAAGACGGACAAGGGGAUAUUGACAAACAAAAUGUGUUCUCCCUUUGUGGGAACUUGCAGAUCCAUUUCCACCCUUGGGACGCAGUUUUAAAACCCAACCAGACGUCAGACAUUCAGCUGUUGCCCAGCUCCAAGACUCAGCUGUGCAAUUUUUGUCCUUCUGACCUUGUAGACGUCAAUGUAUGUUGUGUAGCUUUUGUGGAUGAUGUUUUCCCUCUCUAGGAACGUCUUUCCAUGUAUAGCAAUUCUAUUGAGGUGAACUCCAGGGCUGUAAGAACAACUGUUUAAAAUCCCAGAUCUCCACCUACCAUUGCUAGUCCGGGUGGCCUCAGAGGCUGAAUCCUCUAGGUACAGUAGCCAGAUGAGUUUACUUGACAAAGUGCCUUAUAUCUGUCCUGGGGGGAAUACCUCAGGAGAGGGUGGUUCAGCCUUCAGCAUUCGUUUAAUCCUUGGCCUCUUUAUCCUAAGUGCCAACAAAGCAGCCAAGCUUAGUGCCAAUUGCAACAUGGACAACCUGUUGGUGAGACUACCUGGAUUGAGACCCAACUCUUGUCUCACCGGUUGCCAUGCAACCAUUGAAAAAACACUUGAAAUCACUGCCGCUCUGGUGAUCCAUGAGGUGUUAAAUAGUCACUGGUGUCGAUUUGUGACUCAUUUGCCAAUCAGCUUUUCCUUCACUCACCUGCCAAGGCUCACGUUACCCUUGGUCACGUUAACUGUUGGAGAAAACCCUGAACUUGUGUCUUGGAAGGGAAAGGAAGGGAAAGGACAGGCUUUUUUAAAAAUGACUAAUCAGUCCUCCCUGUAACUUUGCCUGUGUGUUUGGGAUCUUAAAUGUCCCUUAGAAAUGCUCCCUGGAAAACUUUAUGGUUGCCUUAAAGGAGGGGAGGGGGGAGAGAGGGGCUUUCUGGGGGAACUUCCCAUGAAGCGUAUGUAAGGAACGGAUUAUUCCUGUGUAAAUGGGACUCUUGCUCCCCUGCGCACAUGGGUGUUGAGCAUGCUCGGCGCCUUCCCUCCUCAAUCCAGUUACAAAACAACAGGUAGUGUUGCUACCCUAAAGGCACCAAACUGGGUGACCUUGAGGGCUGCCCUCGCUGCUGUGGCCGCUUGCUCGCUUAUCAGAAAAUAAACACGCCCAGCCACGAGAUUUCUUUCUACACCUUGGCACCUUAGUAGAAGAAUAGGAAAUGCUCAUUUGUGGAAUUAACGAGCAAUGAAACCAAAGUGUCCAGUGCUGCUAGAGGCAGACAUUGGUAAAGGUGGGCUCUGGCCACGGUCUAGGCCGCACUUCUGUGCUUAAACAAAGGGAAGGUGAGUUUAGCUCGUAGGUUGGGACUCUAGAGGCUGUUUGCCUCCUGUGCUUUUCAAAGCUUUAGUUUCUCACUUAGCUAAUUAGGGCUUCUAUGGCUGUCUGCUGUGGACAGAACCCCUUUGAAACAUAACAUUCACCAGAGCCACGUUAAGUCCCGCUGAGACCUUGCUGUCUGUGUACAUUUACUUCCACAAACACACAUUCAGUCCUAGCAGUUGAAACGUCAGGGGCAGUGACUCAUGGACUGAUGCUGGCCGGACAGUGAUAGGCUGGCUAACUGAUCCCAUGUCACUUUGAAACUUCUUCCAUGUUUGGCUGGCUUUCUGUUAGCUCUGUGCUCUGCGUUGGGGCCUUUGGCAGGCUCAGCGGGAUGGCCUGGCAAUGCAGGGGCCACUGAACCUUUGGUGAGUUUGUUUUUCCUUUGGCUUUAUUUUUUAAAGCAAUGAAAUAUACAUUUGGAAACUUCCCCCCUCCCCCCGCCCGAUCAUGCAAGGAUCAGACUCAGAGGGGUCACAAAAACUCCUGACAAACAGGGCCUGACUGUAAAUACGUAAUAUUUUGCAUAUCACCUUUGGGCCUUGCAGACUCUUGGCUACUGAUCUGGUUUGUAAAUACGCAUUUGGAUUUUUAUUUUUAUUUUUUACUUUUUAAAAUGCAAAUUUACCAUGCACGGCCUGGAGCUUACUGCUGGGACUAACGGGGCAGUCGGUUCCAUGCAGCCCCUAUGACAAGGCAGCCUUGGGAAGAGCUGCCAAUUGCUGCUGCCCAGAUGCAAUAGCAGACUUUUCCAGUUCAUACAGUCUCUUGGGUUUACUCCUUAUGCCAAUAGUGCCUGACGUUGUAUGGAACAGUGGGGGGUAGGUGUAAAACCACCCCUGUAACUGGGAAACUUGUGGCGUGCUAUGUUUGACUCAGUCUGUCUUUGUGUGUUUUUUUUUUUUAAUUGCUCCCUAUUUAAUUUUGCUUUACAUUUCAACCUGAAGCUGAUUUCAAACACAUUCUUUGCUGAUGGGCUUGGGAGAAAAUGGGGUGCAUAGUGGAAACAGGCCUGUGCCCUGAAGCUGACCGCGGUGCUCCAGCUGGACUUUUCUCUUGUGUUUGAGCACUGUGUCAAGUCUGUAUAUGUUUUUCUUCCAGUCGAUGUGGUUUGAUGUCUGGGGAGCAAUGAGGGUCUGUGCAAAUAAAGUGCCUCUUGGGA